AAGGUGAACAGUUAAACAUGUGUUAAAAGGUCAACGGUGUCAAAUACUCCGACCACGACAUAUAAAAAGUUAAACGGUGUCAAACACAUGUUAAAAAGUUAAACAUGUGUUAAACAUGUGUCAAAUACGUAUUUAGAAACGGAGGGAGUAGUACGUAGGAUCUUAUAUAACUGUCUCUCUUGCUCUCGUCGAGAAGGGAAGGAUGGUGUCCGACCACGACGACGGCAAGCUGCCGGCGCAGUGGAAGAAGGUGUGCGUCGUCGGCGGCGGGAUGGCGGGGCUGGCGGCGGCGCGCGAGCUGCGGCGAGAGGGCCUCGACGUGACGGUGCUCGAGCAGCGCGGCGGCGUCGGCGGGCAGUGGCUGUACGACGCGGCGACCGACGCCGGCGACCCGCUCGGCAUGGCCGGCGUGCACAGCAGCGUGUUCGCCUCGCUCCGUCUCAAUAGCCCGAGGGAGUCCAUAGGCUUCUCCGACUUCCCGUUCCGCCCCACCAACGACGCCGGCGGCGACGCGCGGCGGUACCCCGUCCACGGCGAGCUCCUCAGGUACAUCAGGGACUUCUGCGACGCGUUCGGCCUCAUGGACGCCGUCAGGCUCAACACCACGGUCACGCGCGUCGCCAUGGCGCCGCCGCGGCGCGACGGCUCGCUGCGGUGGGCGGUGAGGAGCAGGCGCCACGGCGAGGCGGAGACGGAGGAGGUGUUCGACGCCGUCGUGGUGGCCAUCGGGCACUACUCGCAGCCAAGGCUCCCGACCGUCGACGGGAUGGAUAGGUGGAGGAGGAAACAGCUCCAUUCCCACUCGUACCGCGUCCCGGACUCCUUCGCCGGCGAGGUCGUCGUCAUCGUUGGGUGCAGCGUGAGCGGCGCAGAGCUCGCGCUUGAGCUCCGCCGCGUCGCCAAGGAGGUCCACCUCAGCACCAAGUCGACGGAGGAGACCAUCACGUCGGCGAUGUCCAAAAGUGUCGCCAGGUACGAAAACCUCCACCUGAGACCACAGGUCGAACACCUGCGCGAGGACGGGACUGUGGUGUUCGACGACGGCUCGUUCGUCGUCGCCGACGCCAUCAUCUACUGCACCGGGUACAACUACUCGUUCCCGUUCCUGGACACGAACGGGAAGGUCACCGUCGACGACAACCGCGUCGGGCCGCUGUACGAGCACGUGUUCCCGCCGGAGCUGGCGCCGUCGCUGUCGUUCGUGGGCAUCCCAGCCAAGGUGCUUCUGCCGGUGUUCAUCGAGGUGCAGGCGAGGUGGGUGGCGCAGGUGCUGUCCGGGCGGAGGACGCUGCCGUCGCAGGAGGAGAUGCAGCGCGCCGUCGAGGAGCACAGCCGCGGCAUGGAGGCCGCCGGCUUGCCGAAGCGGUGGACGCAUGACAUGUUCUUGGACCUGGAACGCUGCGACGACUCCGGCGAGCGCACCUGCGGCUUCCCGCGGAUGGAGCAGUGGAAGAAGGAGAUCUUUUUCUCGUCCCUCUCCGACAUGGUCGACGACAUGGAGAGCUUCCGCGACGGCUACCACGACAGUGACCUCGUCCGCGACGGCCUGCGCCGGCACGGCUGGACUCCCGUCGCGCCGCGGCCGCAGGAGGAGGACGACGACGCAAAAGCAAUUGGAGUGGCGAACAUAUAACAAAAAUUACCGGGUGCAAUACGUACUCCCUCCUUCCCUAAAUAUUUAACGCCAUUGACUUUUUAAAACAUGUUUGACUGUUCGUCUUAUUCAAAAACUUUUGUGAAAUGUGUAAAACUAUAUGUAUACAUAAAAGUAUAUUUAACAAUAAAUCAAAUGAUAGGAAAA